AUGGAGAAGACCCACCUGAUUUGGUGUCCAGCUCUAAAGACAAGGACGGAAAGCCAAAGAUAUAUACAGGAGGAAAUGGAGAAGACCCACCUGAUUCGACAAGGACGGAAAGCCAGAGAUACUGGGAAGGAGGAGGAAAUGGAGAAGACCCACCUGAUUCGAUGUCCAGCCCUAAAGACAAGUACGGAAAGCCAAAGAUACUGGUAUACAGGAGGAAAUGGAGAAGACCCACCUGAUUCGGUGUUCAAAGGAGGAAAUGGAGAAGACCCACCUGAUUCGGUGUCUAGCGGAGGAAAUGGUGAUGACCCACCUGAUUCGGUGUCCAGCUCUAAAGACAACGCAGACCCACCUGAUUCGGUGUCCAGCUCUAAAGACAAGGACAGACACCUGAUUCGGUGUCCAGAGGAAAUGGAGAAGACCCACCUGAUUCGGUGUUCAUCAAGAGGAAAUGGAGAAGACCCACCUGAUUCGGUGUCCCACUCUAAAGACAAGGACGGAAAGCCAGAGAUACUGGGAAGGCCCUAA